AUGUCAUCACCCGACAAAUCCGCCCCUGCGCCCGCGCCGCCAGACGCCAGCAAAACCGUUGUCCGCGGCGCCUCCCUCCUCAUCGUCCUCCAGAUCGGCUCCCGCGCCGUCACCUUCAUCGCAAAUCAGCUGCUUCUUCGCUUCCUGACAGCCCAGCUCCUCGGCGUUUCCACCCAGUUGGAGGUCUACUACCUCUCCGUCCUCUUCUUCGCCCGCGAGAGUCUGCGUGUUGCCGUCCAGCGACAGGAAACCCGCCCCGCUUCCACCCGGAAAGCGGACGACGACCCCAUGGCCCGUGUCGGCCGGGAGAGCCAGGCCGUCGUCAACCUGGGGUACCUCGCCGUCUUGCUUGGCUGCUUCGUCACUGUUGGUCUCGGAUGGCUCUACCUCUCGUCCGCCGAUGAGUCGACCGUCAAGACCCCUAACUUCCUCCUCGCCCUCCGCCUGUACGCCUUCGCCGCCAUUUUGGAAUUGUUGUCGGAGCCCUGCUUCGUGCUCAUGCAGACGCGACUGCAGUUUGGCACCCGUGCAUCCGCCGAGUCCAUUGCCACUUUUCUGCGCUGCGUCAUUACCUUCGGCACAGCAUUCUGGGCAUCGAAUGCCGGCAUCGAGUUUGGCGUCCUCCCUUUCGCCGUCGGCCAGCUCUCCUACGGCGCCAGUCUUCUGCUUGUCUAUCUCUGGGCCGGUACCCGCCUGGCCCGCGCGGAUGGUUUCUCAGUCCUCCCAAAAGCCCUUGGGUCUGGCGGCCAAGAUUAUGUCGCCUCCUACUUUUACCGGCCUACAGUCAGCCUGGCGUCCAGCAUGAUGGCCCAGAGCCUCGUCAAACAUGUCCUCACCCAGGGCGACACCUUCCUGGUCUCCAUUCUAUCUACGCCAAAGUCGCAGGGCGUGUACGCGCUGGCCAGCAACUACGGCGGCCUCCUCGCCCGGCUCGUCCUGCAGCCCAUUGAGGAGAGCAGCCGCAGCUACUUCAGCCGCCUGCUCUCGUCCCAGGACACUAAGACGAGGCCCUCCAGGGAGACGGCGCUCAAGGCGAGCCAGCAUCUUCACACGUUGCUCAAGUUCUACCUGCUGCUCUCGUCCAUCAUCGUGAGCAUCGGCCCCGUCGCUGCUCCGCCGCUGCUGUCCCUCGUCGCCGGCCAACGCUGGGCGAACGAGGGCGCCGGCGAGGUCCUCGCCGUCUACUGCUACUACAUUCCCUUGCUCGCCAUGAACGGGGUGGCUGAGGCCUUCGUUGCAUCCGUUGCCUCCGAGGCCCAGGUACAUCGCCAGUCGGCCUGGAUGGGCGCUUUCUCGGUCGCCUUCGGCUCGGCCGCCUUCUUCUUCAUGCGCAUUAUGAACCUCGGCGCCUCGGGCCUCGUCUACGCCAACUGCAUCAACAUGCUCUGCCGCAUCGUCUGGAGCCUCGCGUUCGUCAAGUCAUACUUUGCCCGCCUGGAAACGCCGUUCGAAAUCUUUGCAUUACAGCCCAACGCCGUUACUUCUAUCAUCUGUCUAUCGGCACCGCACCUCAUCCGGCGGGUGACCGGUGUAGCCGUGCGCGCGUCCACCUCGUUCAAGGACCUGGUCGCCAUCGGCCUAGCCGCCGUGCCCGUCGUCCUUUUGAUGUAA